AUGGAUUCUUCCUUCUUCCAAAACGCUGAGGAGGAUAAGCGACUCCACGAUCUCGCAAAAGAUCACUUCGGUCAAGGAAACCACAUCAAGGCCUUGGAGGUAAUCGAAGAUGCGUACUCGAGGCGCGGGAAAGAUGGGGUUCCAGGAAUGAUUCCUUUCCUUCAAGGUUCCAUCUUGUAUCAUCUAGCGCAGAGAGCAAAGAACAGUGACGUGAAGUUCACGUUUUUGUUGGGUUGUGUGGAACCUUUUAUUCAAGAUUUUGGGGUAAACGCCUUCUCUCCAGGUGCAUUGUUCGAGAUGGCCAAGCAGCUUGAUUCGGAAUUGUAUUACAGGAAGGCUCUGAAAGACGCAAAAGUAAGUUUAUCUCUUUUGGAAUCUUCUGGUGAAUUAGACCCGGCCGACCUAGUGACAAAAGAUACGCUUGAGAAUAUACUGAAUAAGGCUGCGUUAAGGAUCUACCGUGGUUGUACUGGGAUGAUCUCUGUGCCAGCACUUGUGGAGUCUAAAGAAGCUCGGGACAAGAUUAGGAGUGACUCCAAUGACGCUGCAAGUAAAAGAUUGAGGUCAUAUUGGGCGAGUAUGAGUGUUGAGGCUAAAAAGAACUUUAUGAAAGUAAGCAUUUCGAAGCUUAGAGGUUAUGUUGAGAGAUUAUAUAGCGAAGAGGGGAAAGUCGCUUUGGAGGAAGUUCUGGAUUCUACAAGGACAAACAAGAAAUGGAGAUUCUGGAUGUGUCGAAGUUGCUCACAGAAAUUCUUUUAUGUUAAGAAGUUCAGGAAUCAUCUUGAACAAGAACAUGGUGCGAAAUUUAAAUUUGCUACGAGAAAUCAUACGCCUGAGAUGGUAAAUGAAGCGUGGGCUGGUAUGAUAACGGUUGGAGGUUGGGAACCAGUGGAUGCAGUAGCUGCCGCUGAAAUGAUCAAGACUCGGCUCGAGUUUGUGAAGGAGUUUGUAUAUGAGAAGGGAUGGACUAAGGACUGGCCUUUAGCUGCAGAUGAAGAGCGCAGUAAGUUACUCAAGGAAAUCCACUUUCUUCUUGUGUCACUUUUAGAGCGCAAGGCUCUUCCUUUUAGCACUGUAGAAUGGAUGCUGGGGUUUCCGAUUCUUGCACAAUAUGAAGUUCCCGAGUCUCUUACAACCGAGUGUGGCCUAGUGGGAAAACCUCAGCGUAUCUGCUUUUGGGACUGUCAUGAACUCAAACGAAUUCUAGAUCUUCUCAAACUCUUCAAGUUUGAAAGGGAUGAUGGUACGAAUCUGGUUUGCAGAGCAGUGGAGAGUUUAUGUGGUCGUACUAGAGUUAAAGAAAAGAUAGAGUUUGACGAUGAGUUUUCGUCUAUGCUCCUGGAUAGAAGACUGCUGAGAGGGGAGAUUGAUCCAUUCGAGGAUGAAGGGACAAUAGAUGUUUGUAAGUAUGACUACUACGCCAAGACACAACCUCAGGGCGACGAUAUCAUAACCUGGUUACUUGACCAUCCUCCGAUAGAUGGGAGCUUUGAGUUUCCCAUGUCUGUCAGGGCACACAAGCUUGAUAUAAUUGUGGCUAUUCUGAGAGCCAUUCACUACACCUGUAGGGAUUGGGGAACCAAAUAUGUAAGGAAGAUGGAUAAGUUGUGUUAUUUGAAAGUUCUUACUGACGCCAAAAACUUGUGUACGAGCGAAGAUGAAAGGAGAAGGGCUGCUCCGGAAGGUGAAGGGGACGUCCUAUAUGCAUCUCUUCUAGGUGACAAGUGUGAAGAGUUAAAAACAGACGAUGGAGAUCCUCCCAACGGAAGUCAUUUCGUGUUUGCAGUACAGGAUAUUCUCAAAGGAGAAUCGCGUCCCACAAUUGAUUUCGACGAUCUAGAAGCUUCCUUGGAUCUUAUACAUGGGCUUCAAGAUCUCAGUGAUGAAACGGUGUUAGAGUCCAUAGACCGUCUGCAAUCUGCGGCCACCAACAAGGUUCUACUAGUAGAUUCAAAGAUUUUACUGAUUGAAAAUUCAAGGAUUAGUUUGCUAAACGAGCUCACCAGGCUUUCUGCUUUUGACUACCGGUCUUAUAUCCGUAACUUGCUCAAACGAUUAAUGAGGGAAGAGUUAUAUGGACUGGACGCCAAAGCCAAGGCAGCUGCAGCAGAAGCAGAUCUUUUAUCCAUGGAAAAAAAACAGAAGGAGAAGAAAUCAGGGUCAAAGAAGAAGAAGAAACGAGGAAUCAUCAAGGGAACUUCAACGAGCACGUCUACUGAUAUUGAGCAGAAUGUCGAACCUGAGUCUUCUCCACCACUAAAACCCGUGGAAGAAGACUAUAUAGAACCAGAAGAUCAAGAGGAAGCUGCUAAAGGUGAACGGGGUCCAUUGGAUAUUUCAGCCAACAUCGACAAUCAAGAGGAAGCUGCUAAAGAUAUGCAAAAUAUGCUCGGAGAAGAUUUACUGUCGAAACAGAUGGAGUCACCACAUGUUGCAGUUACAACCAGAGGCAAUUUAGCUCUUGACAUGACACUGAAGGCACUUUGUAACAUUAAGGUUCUUAAAGAGUAUCUGGUGCGCAAUCGGUGUCAAUUUGCUGACAACCAGGAAGGACAAGUUCCUUAUGCAUUACGAGAUUUCUUUGCCGCUUUUGCCUGGAAGGAGAUAAAAGGAGACGGAAUCUACAGUUACCUCCUGGGAAACUUACUUACUUCCCUAGAUGAAGUUCAUGCAAUGUCAAGGGAUGCUGCUGAGCUACUCGUAUCCAUCCUUGAGUUUUGGCCUAGCUGGAAAACUCCAGAUAGAGAAAGCAUCGUAACGCAUCUUUUUACAUUGGAAGAAUAUGAAAGAAUGAGUUGUAGCAAGUGCAGAACGAACCCAAAUUAUCCAGAGCAAAGUUCUUAUGGCCUUGUUAUAGCUGCAGAUUCAGUCAGAGACUUGAAGUGUGCUUUUGGGAAUAUGAAGCUUGUGGACAUCCUUAAGUUGAUCCGCAUGGAAGAUAAAAUGUUAUGUGAAGGUUGUGGAAAGGCAAACUUUGUUCAUCACAUUAUAAGUAGAUGCCCGCCUAUUUUCAUAAUAGUGUUGAUAUGGGAGAAGAAGGAAACUGAAAAGGAAAUUCAUGAAACAACAAAAGCUUUGGAGUGGGAGAUAGAUGUCAGUAGGCUAUACGAAGGCUUGGAACCAAACACAAAGUUCCGGCUUGUGUCAAUGGUUGGUUGUGGUGAAGAAGAAGAAUACAUCUGCCUAGCUUUUAAAAAGAACCGGUGGGUCAGUUUCAGACAUGAAGCUUUAGCCAAAAAGGCUGUUGGUAGCUGGAAGAAUGUAGUCAGAUUCUGUGAAGAAAGAAAGGUUCGGCCAGAGAUUCUAUUCUACGAAGCUGUUCAGUUAAAUCAAAUAGGAAUGUGAAGGAAGUUUUAUUCAUACGUUUUCAACUCAUACCUUUUUUAACAGUUUAGCCCAUCAAAAGGAAAAGAAAAUUAUACACUCUUUUUUGUUUGUUUGUUCUCAAGUCGCGGAAUGACUAAACGUUUCAUCUACAGCACUAAGAUUCAC